AGAACAACCGCAAAAGGUGUCAUCAGGGGUAAUGAACCGAGAAUAUUGGUCAGUUCGAGGGUGACAUCGGUCACCAAACAUGUGCUUUUUCUGUCACGUCAUCGUCAGCCAAUAGACUUUGUUUUAUCGUGAAAUUACGCAUAAGGAAGUUUCUACGUUUGUUUCGAGCCAUGGAGAAGAACACUGAGUUUCCGUUACGUCCAAACGAUCUGGCACGUGACGUCAUUUUGGCCAACGACGACGGUCUACUGGCAGACGAGGACACGCUGUCACUGUCACAGUUUGCUGUGGGUCAUGAAAUCGGCAAAGGCCAAUUCAGUCAGGUGUAUUCAGCCACGUUCCGACCCUGCCCCGAACGCCAAGUUGCAAUCAAACGUGUCGAGCUGCUCGAAAUGGUCGACUCCAAAGCACGGGCCGACUGCGUCAAGGAGGUUCAACUGCUUAAACAACUGAAACAUCCGAAUGUGGUGCGCUACUUGGGUUCGUUCGAAGAAAAGCAAUCCGGCCAGCUGCUGAUCGUGCUCGAGCUAGCAGGUGCGGGAGAUUUGGCCAAAUUUCUCUUCAGCUGUCAACGUAACUCCAGACUUAUGACAGAACCAGCCAUUUGGCGAUUUUUCGUUCAAAUCGCUUCGGCCCUCUCACACAUCCACGAAAAACGAAUCGUUCACAGAGACAUCAAACCAGCCAAUGUCUUCUUAACUUCGGAUUUGACCGUGAAACUGGGAGACUUGGGUCUUGGACGCUUCUUCAGCAGCAAAACAUUUGCAGCGCAUUCGCUCGUCGGAACUCCAUAUUACAUGAGCCCUGAGCGACUCAAUCAAUGCGGCUAUGAUUUUUCUUCGGACAUUUGGUCACUUGGGUGUCUUCUUUAUGAGAUGGCAGCACUCCAACCGCCUUUCAAUUGUUUUAAAUCCAACUGGAACGCACUUCGCCAAAACAUCGAACGCUGUGAAUACCCACCAUUGCCAUCUGAUCGCUACAGCGAUGACAUGCGAUAUUUGAUAGGAUCCUGUUUGCAACGCGCUCCUACCGAACGGCCAAACGCCCUUAAAGUGUUUCGUAUUGCCAAAACACUUCAUCUGCAAUCGUCAAUGGAUAAAAUCCCAGGUAGCUGAUCCAUCAUCUCGUCGCCAUAGUUCGUGAACGAGAUCUGGUAUUUUCGAGAAAAUCAUUUUCCACUCGCAGUCGUAAACUGUUUUUCGUGGGAGAUGUGGCGUAGAAUUUGAAAUAGUCCAUCACAAUGUCAAACAUCCUUCUCGUGCAAAAAAACAAACAACAACAGACGGUAAGCCAAAGCUUUCUUGAUGUGGUCAUGGAAAAUGAGGUGAAAGCUCGAGCGGAUUAGUUUCUCCGUGUCUUGUUCCGAAUGUCCAUCCACAGUGAGUAGUUCCGUACCGCACGAUUUCCUGAUUUACGAUCUCUAUCGGUCUUCGUAUCGCUUGUUUUUUUUUUCAAACUUCAUGUCAUUCUUUGUUUUAUUAUUAUUUCUCCACGCGUUCCACACUCGUAUUAUGUCAUUUUACGGAAAGGCAGAUGCGCUAUAGCGCUCAGCUUGUUUAUAUUUAUGCUGUAUAUUAUUAUAUGAGUUCUUCCAUC